GGAAAACAAUAGGAGGAACAACAGGUUGCGGAUGUUUGAAUUCGGACAAUCUGGAAGAAAAGUCACGAGAGAAUCCGAAGGAGAGCAUAUGAAAGGUGCCAAAACCACCUGAUGCAGCCUAAUCUGGUCACCUGGGACUGGGACUGAACACACACACACACAGACACACACACACAGACACACAUACACACACAUGGACGUACAGACACCCAACAUGGCGUCAGACCCGCCCAUACGGACAAAGCAGCAGGAGCUGCAAAGGACAGCAAAUCAGGUCACGGAUGAGUCCCUGGAGAGCACAAGGCGGAUGAUGCAGCUGGUUGAGGAGAGUAAAGAUGCUGGGAUCAGAGCUGUGGUUAUGCUGGAUGAACAAGGAGAGCAGCUGGAGCGUAUUGAGGAAGGCAUGGACUCCAUCAACAGGGACAUGAGAGAGGCUGAGAAGAAUCUGACAGACAUGGCCCAGUGCUGUGGUCUGUGUAUCUGGCCAAUCAGGAAGCUGAAGGCCUUUGAGGAGAGCGGGGCGUACAAGGCAGUCUGGGGCGGAGGAUCCGGUCAGGACGGCGUUGUGUCCAAUCAGCCGCCGUCGUCUCGAGUCCUCGAUGAGAGGGAGCAAAUGAUCAUGAGCGGAGGACACAUACGGAGGGUGACUAAUGAUGCCCGGGAGGAUGAGAUGGAGGAGAACCUGGCUCAUGUCGGCAGCAUCAUCGGGAAUCUGAAGAGCAUGGCCCUGGACAUGGGCAACGAGAUCGACACGCAGAACGUCCAGAUCGAACGCAUCCAGGGAAAGGCCAUUCUCAACGUGUCCCGCAUCGACGCCGCCAACCAGAAAGCCAACAACCUCAUCAAACGAUAGAGGGCGCGCUAUUUUAUUUCACUCUUUUUCUACCAAUUCACCCGACUUGAAAUUAGCUUCCUUCUCUGCAUGCUUUGCCAAAGCGUUGCUGCCAUCAUGCUCUACUCUAGGUGUUUUUUUUUGUUUUCUUUCGUCUCGUGUGACGUUAUUGCUGUGGUAUUCCUA